AUGGACGCGUCGCGGGGCCAGCUGCCUGCGGGCCUGGGGGGUAAGUGUCCGUACAGCGUUUUGGGUUUGUGCGCGUCAGCGGAAGGAAAGCCUUUGACUGUACAGGAAGCAGCAGCAGAUGAAGCUUCUGUUGCCGCUCGUGAGGCCCUGAGCUCCAAGGCCAUUGGCACUGCCUACAGACGGGCUGCGCUGAAGGCGCACCCGGAUAAGAACAAGGGUAAAGAAACAGAAGCUGCUGCUGCUUUCUUAGUAGUCAAUUUGGCGUUUGCGUUUCUCUCAAGUGCGGAGCAGCGCGAGGCCUACCACCAGCACCUCCGAACACUGCUGGGGCUGCGGCAGCAGCGCGAGCAGCAGCGGCUGCGCUGGACCGAGAGAGACAAGCAGAAGCAGCAAUUCAAAGCAGAGUUAGAGAGAAAAGAAUCAGCAGCACGUCAUGAUACACCCCGAGUCAACCAGCAAGAAGAAGAGCUGCAGCGAAUUAGGGAGCAGAAUGCUGCCUUUAUCAAGCGCCACACCGAACAGAGACAGAAACAAAUACAAGAAACAUUCCGAGAACACUCGGCGCAGCUGUUGCAACAACACCAAAUGCAAAGAAGCACUUCUUUUUCGCAUGCAAUGCCUGCAACGCAUGCAACGCAUGCAGGCAGUAGCGCAGAGACAGGGGCGGAGGAGACACUCGAGGAUAUCUUGUUCAGGUCUGUUGUGCUGCAGUGGAGCGUUCCAAAAGAGCAAACAGCAGCAGAAGCAGCAGCAGCAAGCGCAUGCAAUCGGCAGCACGAACAACCCGGUGCACCGGCAGUUGCUAAGGACGCAGCAGCAGAUAUAAAAUCAGAUACAGCAGCUGGAGCAGGAACAGCAGAAACAGCAGCAGGAGCAGGAACAGCAAAGGCAGCAGCAGCAGCAGGAACAGCAGAGGCAGCAGCAGAAGGAGGAGAGGCAGGAGACGCAGAGGCUGCGGCAACACCAGCAACAGCAGCAGCAGGAGAAGCAGCAGCAGAUGCCCCUACUCCUGCUUCCUUAUGCGCGCUGCUGUGGGCCCAUGGGGCUGUUGACUUGUGCCUCUUCUCUAGAAGCAGAGGCCUCGCUUGUGUCUCCUUCUCGUCGCGGGAGAGGGCGAUUGAGGCGGCGCUGCUGCUGCAGAGACAGCGCAAGAAGGAAGCAAACAGCCAAGCGGAGAGACUCACUGUGAAGCUGGCUAACAAAGCCAAGGGGUUUGAUCUGCUGCUCCAGAAGGUGCGAAGUGCUGCUGCUGCAUCAGACCAGCAGCAACAGCAGCAGCAGCAGCAGCAGCAACACGACGAGGCGGACGACCUGCGGGAGGCUGCAGAGUUGGCCGCUGAGACAGAAGAAGCAGCUGGUGCGUUCGCUUCGGCAUUAGCAGCUGCUCAAUCUGCUGCUGCUCCUCCUGCUGCUGCUGCUGCUCCACCAGGCGAACACCCUUCGGCUGCUCCCACAGCGGAGCAGCCGACCCUCAAUGGCAGCACCUUCAGUCAGCCUAAUCCCAGCAGCAGCAGCAGCAGCAGCAGGGGGUCGAUGACUCUCGGGGAGGCGACCAGUGCUGCAGCUGCCUUUGGGUUGGGUGCUGCAGCAGCAUCUGCGCAGCCGAUUAGCGGCGCUGCUGCUUCUAUUCUAGAGUACGUGAGGAGCUGCAGCAGCAGGGGAAUGGAGGAGGUGCAGCAGCAGCAUGCAGAAGCAGAGAACGACAGAGGCUGGGAGUGGGUAGGGGGCUCCAAAGUCGCCGCCAGCAUGAGCAUGCAGCAGCUUGAGGCUGCUGCAUUCGGAGAGCUGCACCGCAAGAAACAGCAGCAGCAACAACAGUAA